AUGCUAUUGCAGUAUAAAAUUUAUUUUAUAGGAUUCCUGUACUUUUUUGGAAUAUUGUUUAUGACUUUAUUUCCUCCUAGAAACAUCGAGCUCUCAGGACCGAACAUAAGAGAAGCACGACGUACUAUCUGGGAUAUAAAUUAUAUGGACUACAUAGACUACAGUAUGCUUGUAAAUGUUACUAAACUAAUUGGCCUGGAAGAUCUUGAACUUGCCACCAUUGUGCAUCUCACUCCUAAGACGUAUAAAAACAAGAGCAUCAUAGCUUUAGAACUACACAGUGACAAACUCAGCAGGAAGCCGGGAAUACUUAUAAUAGCUGGAAUCGACGGAAUGGCGUGGGCAGCACCAAACGCUGUCAUUAAAUUAGCUAAUAAAUUACUCCACGACACAACGUACCAAACGCCAUUUUUCAAUGACUACGAUUGGUACCUCAUACCGAUGGCAAACCCUGACGCCUUCGAGUUUACAAAAGCGCUGAGUGGUCUACCUGAAGUUGAGGCUAACGUUUGGUCACAUAACGUCACCGUCAGAAGACGAGCUAGGCCGUCGCAUUGGCACAAGAACAUCGAUGUGGAGAGCGACCAGAACAAAUGUUUUGGGACCAACAUCAAUCGGAACUUCGCUUAUCAUUGGCAGGACGACGUCCUUCGGGAGCCGGAUCAGUGUUCGCAGCAGUACCCGGGUCUCAGGCCCUUCUCCACGGCCGAGGCCGACGCCAUCCGCCAGUACAUAGACAAGCUGGACAACAGUGUCCACUUCGUCGUACAUUUACAUGCGAGCUUUGAGGCGAAGAAGGAGUACAUCCUGUACCCGUGGCGGUACACCACCCGCGCGCCGAGCAGCCACCGCAGCCUCCAAGCGAUCGGCGAGUCCGCGGCGCGGCAGGCAAGACUACCAGACGGGAGGCUGUAUCGGGUUCAUCAAGCGAGCGCGGACGGGCGAGUCGCGGGUACACUGAGCGACUACAUAGCCGGCGUGCUGGGAAUACCGCUAGUAUUCAUAGUGAAGCCGUAUUACCCACCCUUCGCUAACCUAACCGAUGACACGAUUUUAGAGGCGUACGUGAACAAGUCAAUAUCAGCUAUAAUAAGUUUAGUGCGCGGCUGGAGGAGCAGUACCAAGCAGAACACUUUGUCCUUCUUCGGCAGAGAUAUAGAAUUUUAAUUAAUAAAUAAUUUAACCAAAAAAAACGGAUUA